ACAGCUCCCUGUUCUCCUCGCAGCAGGACGUGUGUUGACUGCGGGUCCUUCUCUUCUGAUAUAAAGUCACGAAUCCGCAGUUCAUCUUAACCCGAGAAUAAACGCUAUCUGACACCUUUGUCGCCUCUUGUCAGACGUCCAUUGGUCAAAUCUUGCAUCCCAACUCCCCGUCUUCCGAGGCUCCUUCCGCUUUUAUCGCCUUGCCCGGCAUUUAUUUACAUUCCUCGUUGCAGCUUUAUACCUGACCAUGAUCAUCCUUGACGAGAAGAUGGCCCUCCCUCCUCCCCCUCCGUAUGCGUUCCCAGAGCCUGUCAGUCCUCCCCCGUUUCCUUUACAGUCUAGGAUCGCACCCACGUUGGCGACGUUGCCUCCACAUCUGCUGCUGCGGAUAGUGUAUGAGACGUUCAGCCAGACCUCUUCGAUUGAACGACAGAGAAAGACUCUGUAUUGGUUAAAUCUCAACUUGCGGAGAGUCUGUCGUGCGAUAUAUGUUGCAUGCAUGCACGUCCUCCGCUCGACCUUCCUACCUGCUUACACAGCACAUAUCCGCCCUCCCUAUACCUCUGACCCAUUCCCCCUAACAUCGCCCACAUCCUCGGUACCAUCUUCUUCGAUCCUUCCGUCAUUCUCCGCUUUCCCCACAGACACCACCCUUUCACCUGUACUUUCUCUUCAACGCGAAACGCGAGUCCUCGAUCUUUUCAUCGCACUCAAAGUUCGAGAAGACGUCUGGCUGGAUGAUAGCGAACUUCAUCUCGAACGCGAUGAGAGUUUCAGGGAUUUGUUCGAUUUGAUGCAGCCGAGAAGCAGGUUGGAAGACUUGGUGAGAGUUUAUGGAGUUAGAGAGGGAGUGGUUAGUGUCCCGGGAGCAAGUGCUUCUCCGGUUACCACAGUCAAAGCAAGGAGCAGUUUGAAAGGACAACUAAACAGCGCCGUAAUGACUGGUGCUGGAUCGAGUGCGGCAGGCGGGCCUUCGAGGAAGCAAGACUUUCUUCCCUCGAUUCCCUUUGCUUCGUUAUCGGUAUCAUUCUCGUCACGUCGAGUGGGUCUCGUACUCACGACUCGCGAACGAAAGAAGACAAUUGUGGAAGUGGAACGGACGAGAGGCGAACGGUUGGAAGUGGCUGCUAGAAAGUUAGCGCAGGAAUUGAAGAUGUGGAUUGCCGCGAUGAGUUAGAGACCAUAGGGCUAUAUGCUAAUGGCACACGGAUAUCUUACUGUACUUUUAUCUACUGGGACUUUUAUGAUGAAUUCGGAUUAACACGCUCGUACUUGGACCCUUCGAUUUGCUUCC